AUGAAUGGUUCAGUAAAUUUUGAUAUGAGUUGGUGGAGUUAUAAAUAUGGCUUUGGAAAUACAGACACUGAAGGUUGGAUAGGAAAUCGCAAUUUAUACUGGCUCACUUCGUCCCGUAAAACUGAAAUGUUGAUUUUGAUGGAGUCGUGGGAUGGAGUGUGGAAAUAUGCCAGUUAUUCUGAGUUCUAUAUCAAUGAUGAGUCUGAUAAAUACCGUUUAAGAGUUUCAGGCUUCAGUGGAACAGCAGGUGAUAGUCUGAUGCACAUGACGACCUUCACCACGCCACAGGGAGGUCAGCAGUUCAGUACUUUUGAUCGUGAUUAUGACGCAUGGUGGGGAAAAUGUAAUCCUAUUCAUCACCGAGGCGGAUUCUGGUUCAACAAGUGUGGAGCAUCAGACCUAAACGGGCUUUAUUAUAGUUCUGCUCUAGAUAAAUCCGCAUCCUGUAAUUGGUUCACGUUUUCAAACAAUCACCAGUCUCUUAAGACAACUUUCAUGAUGGUCAGAAAAGUAUGA